AUGAGUCAACCUAGGCACAGCUCCGGGGGAAAAGACUUCGUCCUGGAGGUGGAUGACAGGACAGAGGAUGAAAAAUCAAAGAGCAAGAACAAGAAGAAGGACAAGGACAAGGACAACCAGCCCAUGGACUCCAACUACCUGGCUGAAUGUGUAGACGCAACCCCCAAAAUUCGAUUCAAUGCAAAUUUUGACAAGGGAGUCAGAGGGGUAAAGGAGAGUCCCGAGCAGAGGGCCAGAGAGAGGUUUGAUGCUGAUAGAAUUUUUAAGGCCGUAGUGAAGAGGGACAUUACAGAGCUGAUCGGACUGGAGGCCCAUCUGAAAAGCACUGGGAAACGCCUGAGUCACUCUCUGUAUAUACACAAUGGAAAAACGGCUUUACUGAAAGCUUUGUUAAACCUGAAGGAUGGGAGAAACGAGACAGUGGAAUACUUAAUAAAUGUCUCAGAGAAGACAGGGGACCUGGCAGCAUUUAUCAAUGCCACCCACAAAUCUCAUUUAUAUGCAGGUCAGUCAGCACUUCAUGUUGCCAUUGAGAGAAGGAAUUUUCACUAUGUGCAGCUCUUAGUAGAGAAGGGUGCUGAUGUUCACAUCAAGGCUUGUGGCAAGUUCUUCCAGCCUAACAAAGGGGCGUGCUUCUACUUUGGAGAACUUCCUCUAUCUCUAGCUGCCUGCACCAAUCAGGAGAAGGUUGUAGACUUUCUAAUGCAGAAUGACCAUCAAUGCGCAGAUGUCAGAGAGCAGGAUUCUCAAGGUAACACAGUGCUUCAUGCUCUGGUGGUGGUGGCUGAUAACAGUCCGGAGAGCACUGAGUUUGUUGUCAGGAUGUAUGAUCACAUCCUCAUCAAAACUGCUGAACUUCACCCAAAGAUCAGACUGGAAGACAUCGAGAACAAGCAGGGACUCACGCCAAUCAAGCUAUCAGCCAAAACAGGAAAGGUUGGGCUGUUUGAGCAUAUGCUGCGGCGUGAAUUUCAAUCUGAGAAGUGCAGACACCUGUCUCGAAAGUUCACCGAGUGGGUUUACGGUCCCGUCUACUCCUCACUCUACGACCUGGCCUCGCUCGACACCUACGAGGAGAACUCUGUGUUGGAGAUCAUCGUUUACGGUUCGAGGAUACCUAAUCGUCUCGAGAUGCUGCAAGUCGAGCCUCUAAAUAGACUGCUGGAGGACAAGUGGAACAGAUUUGCUCGCUACAUAUUUUUAGUCUCUUUCGUUUGUUACGUCGUGUACCUCGCCAUUUUCACGACGACGGCGUACUGGCACAAUGAGGGUGAGAUGACCUAUGCACUGCUGAAAGAUCCUAAGGGACGCCUGCUUUUUGCUGGUCAGGUUUUCUCAGCAGUAGGAGCUGUCUAUUUCCUCAUUAAAGGGGUGCUGGAUAUGUGGAGAAAACCCCCAAAGCUUGACACCCUCAUCAUUGAUGGCUACACCGAGAUGUUAUUUUUGCUGCAGGCCAUGCUGUUUCUGGUCUGUGCUGUGCUGUACAUCUGUGGGAGGGACGAGUAUCUGGGCUCCAUGGUGCUGUGUGUGGCCCUCAGCUGGGUCAACCUCCUCUACUAUUCCAGAGGAUUCAAACACAUGGGGAUUUACAGCGUCAUGAUUCAGAAGAUGAUUCUGGGUGACAUCCUGCGCUUCCUUUUGGUCUAUGUGGUUUUCCUCAUUGGGUUUUCUGCAGCUGUGGUCACACUUCUGGACGAUCCUAUAAAACAAGUGAACGCAACGAAAGCCUCGAACUCCACGUCGAAGUCUCGAGCCCUCUUUGAGAGCGUGACUGAAUCUGAGAAGGCGGACUGUAAGAAGCCCAGCUUUAAAAGCAUUUACUUCACCACCCUGGAGCUUUUUAAAUUUACCAUCGGCAUGGGCGACCUGGAGUUCACCGAGGAUUACAAGUACGUUGAGGUUUUCUACGUCUUACUCAUCCUCUACAUCGUCCUCACCUACAUCCUACUGCUCAACAUGCUCAUCGCUCUGAUGAACAAAACCGUGGACCGACUCUCCGAUGAGAGCACCAACAUCUGGAAACUACAGCUUGCCAUUACCAUCCUGGAUAUGGAGCAUUAUCUGCCCCAGUGUUGUAGGUCAAAGCUUCGCUCUGGGGUGGACGAAAACCUAGGCUGUGGAAACGGAGAGGACCGCCGCCGGUGCCUGAGAGUGGAGGAAGUCAACUGGAAGAAAUGGAAUACCAACCUGUGUAUUCACGAAGACCCCGGGUCCUCUGUAACCGUGCUGUCUCCUGAUCCAGUUCGUGACAGAGGGCGGUCGUGGAGGGGGUUUCUGAGAGAUUUCAGCCGAAGACGACCGCGCUCACACUUUCUCGAUGUGCCUGAGGGUAUCCCCCUGGCGUCUGUUUCCCGAGCCUAA